AGCUCUACCGAAACCGGUCGUCAGAGUCGCGUCUCUCCUCGUUUCUCUCAUUGCGUGUUCGCAAGCCCCUAUCUACUUGUAUGUUUAUCGUGUCGUGGGGACACGGUUAACUAUGGAUAGUUUAUAGCCUUGGAAAGAGUCGAUGCGAAUAUGGAGUGUUAACGUGAAUGUACUCAUGCUCGAGCCUUGAUUAACGCUUCUCUUUGGCGACCGUCAAAAAAUGGCCGACCGACGAUUUUCUUCCUAGAGCCGUUCCACUGUCAACGAUAACAGAAACACUAUACGGAAGACAGACGUGCGAGCUGAUGAAGAAGUACUUUUUUGUGAUUGUGUACAUUAUACGUAACGACCAAAAGCAAAUCGGUCUUCGUUUCGGCUGAGUGUUUUACGUUCCCGGUGUGCACAACUCACGACCAAUCAAACUCGCAGCUGGUGGCUAAGCAUGGCAAAACGGCCGAGAUCUCAAUAACGCUACUGAAACUACGCCGAAAUCCAUCGCUCCAACGAUUUCAUCAACGGAGUUGUUUAUCAGAUGGACGGCUAGAGAGACCGAGUUUCUUGUAUUACUUGUACAAUUGCGUACACGAGAAUUUACAGACGGCCCCGCGCAACAGCUUCUACAUACCGAACCAGCACAAUUCGUCUUACAAAAUGGGUUGGCUUGCUCGUCUACUAAUAUGGCUGGUGUGCGGCGUCAUUUCUGUAUUCCUGUCUAGCCGGGCCAUUGUCCGCGAGAAGCUUCUUGUAUUAGCCGAACAAUGGAGGGUUCCUCCAUGGCUCUAUUUGUCUCCGAUUUCUCUUACGAUCGCUUUUUUAAUUGCUCAGAUAGUGCUGAUUGUCCUUAACCUGGUCCGGCUGUCGUCGAAGGGAAAGGCGGUCUUCAUUACAGGGUGCGAUAGCGGCUUUGGAUACCAUUUAAGUUUGAAGCUAAGAUCUCAGGGAUACCAAGUAUUUGCAGGAUGUCUCUUUCCUGAAGGUUCUGGAGCCGUGAAAUUGCUCAAGGACGCGGGUGAGGCAGACAGACUUAAUGAAGAAGGUAGUAGAGCCUCAAAAGGUGCCGGCGACAAAAGCCUGGAACCGGGAUUAACUGUCGUACCCUGUGACGUUACGAGCGAAGAAAGUCUUCAACUAGCGGUCAAAGAGGUUAAAAGCCAUCUCAACGGACAAGAGCUGUGGGCGGUGGUCGCUAACGCUGGGAUCGGCACCUACGGGUACCUCGAAUGGAUGUCGAUAGAAAAAAUACAACAACUAUUCAAUGUCAACACAUUUGGAGUCAUUCGAACGUUCCAGGCGUUCGCACCACUUCUACGUAAAUCAAAAGGACGUUUGGUAGUUACUACCAGUUGGUCAGCGCGAUUUGCACCGCCUACGCUUGUAGCGUACUCGAUGACAAAGCACGCCGCUAAAGCGCUGUGCGAUGGCUUGCGAGCAGAAUUGGGUCCGUUUGGGAUUCAGGUUUGCUCUAUCGAACCCAAUAUGUACAGGACAUCAAUAAUACCAGUGACAACCAAGGAGCUCGACGGUCAAUGGUCUGCGCUGUCGGCUGAACAAAAAGAAAGUUACGGGACAAAGUUGUUGAAGAGAAGCCGCAUCAUGACACAGGACUUCGGCUAUCUGUGUCAAGACGACCUAAGGUUCCCGAUGUGGUGUUUUGAGCAUGCUAUUAGCGCACGAUUUCCGAAGACAAGUUACGAAUGCGACCGGCUCUCAACUUUUUUAUUUUCAAAGUUAAUUUCAAGUCUUCCCACUGAGUUUAUGGCGUGUUUCAACCAUAAUAUACAUUACGUGCUGGCUCUCGGACGAAAUUUUUUACCAGGACGAUAUGGUUAAGACUGACUUAUGUACAACGACAACCAAGUUCAGCUUUUUGCACGAAUACUACGUUUCUAUAAAAACGUGCACAGACAUAUAGCGACCUAAAUGUAAUCGCCUAAACAUAUUCAGCACUGUCUAGCCGCACACAAAAAAAAGAGUCAUUUCGAAAAAAAAAAUGCCGAACAAAAUUUAACGUUAGAAAAAUACGUGGCGACCCGACCGCUGACCGACAUGUCAUGCUACGUGCAAUAGUGACGCGUGUACAGUCUGAGUUAAUCCGAAAUUUUUUACGAGAGCAAUACAAUGGUAAGAUGAGGCAAAAAUGACUAAUGAUCUUUUAGGUGAGUAAUUGCCAUCAAUUUAUUGAGAGAACUUUCCCUGCAAUGAAUGCUUUUUGAAAUUAUGGACCGCUAAUAAAUUGUCGGUAAAAUAAUUACACUCUAUUUUCUUUACAUUUCCUAAACGUUUCAGUUUGCGGUAGAAGAUACGAUGUAAUUAGCAGUUCAGACCCUGGUUAUUUUAGACAGCCCGUUGUCUAGAUUUCUAAGCAUCGCGUAUUCUAAAUGAUUCAAACUGCAGAGAAAAAUCUUCACAGUCAUAAGCCUGCAAUAAAAAGCCGCUAUUUUUAGCAAUGAGACUUUUGCCUUCGACAAGCAACGAGAAGUCGUUUUCGAAUGGACCAAAUUUAGCUUAGCAAAUUUAUUGUAACAUCCAGAGCUGUAAAUAGUAACCUUUAUACCUAUUUAAUCAGUAAUUAAUUACUGCCUUACAAUGUCUAACUUCUUCAAUUUUUUUCUCGUCACCUGUAAAAUGGCCCUGCAGUAAAAUAGGUUGAAGAGCGUUGCGUUAGUGCGUAGAUGAGUUGUGUCGAGUCUCCUAAAGGCAAUAAUCACUAUACCUUCAAAAAGCUAGUUACAAAAACAGCUAACUUAAGUGAAGCCAUGAAUUAAGCGCAAUUCUGUCAACGUCUUACAGUUGCUGGCAGUUGCCCUUUGAGCAGUAUGGAUCAUCGCAUAAAUUGUGUCUUCCAGUUGUACCAGACAGUGAUAUAUUUUAGUCCCAAUUUUUCCUUUAUAUGCCCCUCGUCUAUUUUACGAGCUUUAAUAGUGAUGCGAUGAUUACUCAUACGUCAUUACUGUAUCUAUGUUUGUAUAUGCGUAUUUAAUAAAUUUAAAUAAACUCGAAGUUACAAUGAAUUUUUGUUGUCACUACUGCUGUUUAAUGCGCGCACGGUGUGUCGUAUUAAAUCCUAAGGUACGAUGCUAGGGUCUAAUGUGAGCAGCCUCAUCUACCUAUAAAUACUGAGAAGUACGAGUUCCCGAUUCGAAUACCUAUCGCAGAGUUACCCGUAGAAAGGGAGUCGUAUCAAUGUGAUAGGUUCAUAGUAAGGGAGGUCGUACAAAGGUGGCAUUUGCUUAUUUGCUUGCGCCUACAUAGCCAUAUCUCUUGAGCGGAUACUGGAGACUGGAAUGUUUCGAGGAAGCCGAUUGGAAGAUUUAGAAUGCUAAUCUUUACCAUGGAGAACAGAACCCGAAGCGAUCUUCAUGUGCCAUCGAGCACGUACUAUACGCACGAAGCAGUCGAUUUACUUUGGCAAAAAACGUAUCGUUUGGGUUUGAGCCUACCUAUAGCCUGCUUGUUUUAAAUAAUGAAAACUUCGAACACUGUGACGUGAAGCCUCGCUGUAAAGUGCUCAGCAAACCUCUACAAAGAGAUCGAUCUUUCUGUCCGCUAUCUCGUUCAAUGAGUUGAUUGUUUGUAUGUAUACGCUUUUCGAUAGCUGCAAUACUUAUCUUUCUCGAGUUAAGGAUCGUGGAAUCAGGACAUCGUAUUUACACAUUUAUCACUCGUUUCGUCUCAGGAAACUGGCCGAUCGCGCAGUCGCUAUCAACGAUUAUUGUUAUCUAGGAAUAUGCCAAUAUUUUUAACGAAGUAUUUAUAAUAGCAUAUUUCAUACGGUGUCUACAUUUCAGCGAUAAGUCGCAAAUCAAAGUGGUGUACUACGCAGUAUAUAUAUAUAUAUAUAUAUAUAUAUAUAUAUAUAUAUAUAAAUUUAACAGAAACUGUUAUAAAUCACAAAGGCCCGUCUUGUUCUCCUUUGCUGAAUCAACAUAUUGUCUGUUCUUCGUCGGGUCCGUUUUGCUUUAUUUCCACGCAAACACCGUCUAGCUCGACUCUGCUUUCUAACGUUUCAUAUCUGUACGCAUAUCGUUAGUGCCGACAUAAUGUAUUUAUUUAACAAUAACGUUCGCAAUGCUCUUUGAUGAAAAUGAUUAUUGUAUGUAAUACCUGCUCGUACAGUUUCGUAAAUCUAGUAUUGCGUAUAUAAACAAAAAAAAAAAAAA